AUCUGUUGAAACAAAUAACUCUCUUGAAGAAGCUAAAUCACAAGCUACAAAUACUACGGAAAGCAAAAGAAAAAGGGUUUCAUGUCAUAUGAAUGCAAAAAUUAAAACAAGAGAAAAUGAAGAACUUAGUUUAAUCGAUGAUGAUACUACGGAAAGCAAAAGAAAAAGGGUUCCAUGUUGUAUGAAUGCAAAAAAGAAAACAAGAGAAAAUGAUGAUGAUGAUGAUAAUUCACUUGAAAAUACUUAUGACCAACGAUCAUCAGUAUCAAACAUGACCAAUAUUACAUCAUCCUUAACCAGAAGCUAUUCAUUUGAAAGUACCAAUAACCAACUAUCGAUAGCAUCAAAUACAACAAAUAUCACUACAUCUUCUUUAAUUGAUCCAUUUAAAAAUAAUCUUGAAGUUUAUUUGUAUUUGGUUGAUAAGUUUAAUGUGCUUCCAGAAAGGAAUGCUUCAAAUGCAUUUAAAAUGCCUUUUUUUCGUACAAGAGUCAUAAAUAAGCAAAUCAUUGACGCACUAAUAAGGUCUUUAUUUCCAAAUAUUCAAAAUACUAGAGCAUCUGAUCGUGCUGCAUUACAGACGUGGGUUUUUGGAUGCUACCGUAAUUAUAAUGCAUCAAUGAGAUGUGAACUUCGAAAGCUGAGUAAACAACCGACAAUGCAACAGAUUACUGAGUAUAUUACAGAAAGCAAUUGGAUAGCUUUCUUAAAACAUCAUAUGAAUGUGGUAAAUGAGCAAAAGACGUUCAAGGAUCAACCUGAAAAUAUUAUCAAAUUUAACAAUUUUAUACGAUCGGCAUUUAAUCUUUUCGUUCAAGAAAAUCUUUUAGACAAAGAUGUGAUCGAUGCUGUCAAAGAUCUAAAUUAUAUAACAGUUGAUAUAGAAAUAUUUACAGCCGAUGGAAAAGAUUCUUUGCAACAAUUAGAUAUUAGAUCACUUCUCAAGUUAGACUAG